AUGUCUGUUCAAAGCAUUCAUCGAACUAAAUUCAGUGAAUUGCGAGAAAACUACAAACAAUACAUCGAUACAUAUAAUGCAUUGUAUCAACUGAAAAUUCGAAAUGAAGAAGAAUUAAACAAGAUUUACAAAAUGAUCAAAACGAAUUUGAUUGAAUCAAAGAAACUUUGCCCACAAUCUAUUAUAAGAGAUAUCUUAAAUAUCAUUCCGUAUAAUAAUGGCUAUACAAAGUCAUAUUUAUCUCUUGCCAAACUCAUAUCUGAUGAUUAUCAUGUGGAAGAAGUCAGACAAAUUCCAAUUAUCUCUAACUACCUGUUUUAUAAAGAAUAUGGAAUUAAAUUAGACAAAUCUCAUAGUUUCGAAAAAAUUCAAUCAGAAAAUUUAUCCAUUCAUACAGAAAAUACAAUUUACAAAGCAAUUGUGUAUAAUGACAAAGAAACAUUCAUCUCAUUUGCCGAAAGAGAAGGAUUUGAUAAAGAUCAAAUACUUAGAAACAGCUCUUUGUAUUCAAUUACCAUAUCAAUAUUUUUUCAAUUGGUCGUAGACCAGGAUAUUCAUUACUUGAAUUAUGUUGUUACCAUGGAGCAGUUGAUUGUUUCAAGUUAUUAA